AUGGAUCGCGAACUCCCGCCGCAGAAGCAGCGACAGCAGCAGCGCAGUAGCAGCAGCCACAGAAGCACCUCUACCAGUCAUCCUGCAGGGACUUCUCGGAAUGCAAUGCCAGGUCCCUCACGAGUGUUCCGGAGCUUACAGCAGCGACCUCAUAGUCGUGCGACCGCUCCAGUAUCUACCGCAGUAAUGUCCAAGACGCCUUCCAUGCUGGUGCGUGGAGCAGCAGGAGGGGGAAAGGGACCCCCUCCUCCUCCUUUUAUGACCUCCUCAUCGUCGAAAAUCCUUUACGAACCUAACGUCCACCGUUUACGCGCUCGGUCGAGUGUUGCCAGACCUUUGGAACGAGACCAUCGCAUACAAGCGGAGAACUCCAGCCCCCGCGAGACGUCACCGUCUCCAACAUUAGACCGACGCAGUAGUUCAAGAAUUGGCUCGUUGAGUACGCCACGACGACUAUAUGAACCCGCUACAGUACAGCAGACCAAGAUUUGUCCGCCGUCUUCUUGUGUGAAGCUCAUUACUCCCCAGAUGCAGUUUGCAACGAACUUGUCGACGCAAUUAGGAACGUGCUUGGAACUGACAAACUUUACAGUGGUAGGUGUGCUCGGGUUCGAUGGAGUGGGCAAAUCCACAGUGCUGUCUCUUUUAGCUCGGGAUGAAAAGAUGCGGGAAAAUCAAUUUAAGACGCGAAGGUUAGAGUCGGUCGUCUCGCAUUGCCAUGAAACCAUGUAA